GCACCUGUGGCCGCCGGCGGACCCCGGCCGGCCCCGCGCUCCCCCGGGCCGAAACGACACCGGUGUCACCCGGCCCCGCCGACGUCGGGCCGGGCUGCCCCCCCGGCCCGCCCCGCAGCCCUCGGCGCCCGCGAUGGUCCCGCGCGGCCGCCCCUGAGCCCCGCGCUGGUUCGGGGCUCUGCCUCCUCCCGCCCCCGCCCCAGGGAACAGACACCAACUUCUGCUCUUGAACUCCGCUCUGCCCCCUUCUUUUGGCCCAGGGCGACUUCGGUAACCCUGACCGCGGCAGACCCUCCCGAGUGACCAGAAAGGCCCCCGGGUGGCGCGGCGCCUCCCCGGCUCUUUCUGGAUGGAGGCGCCCCAGGAAGGAGCUGGCUGAACGCUUUGGCCUUCACCUUCCAGUCCCUGCUGACCACACCUCCCCUAGUGCAGAGGCAGCGGCGUGAGGGGCAGGAAAUGCCGUACCAGCACAGCUGGCUCCCCGGGAUCUCGGUCUGAUCGCCAGGAUGGAGGUGGGGCCGGCGACCAAGACCUUCAUGCUGGAGCUUCGGUGUCGUGAAGAUGGGGGCCCAGGGCCUGACACUCUCUCAGGUGGCAGCGGUGGGAGUGAGGGUCAGGAGGAAGAAGAGGCUCAGGAGGGGAGCAACAGCCCGCCGCAGCCAGCGGUCUCAGCCCCGAAGGGGGCCAGGCCGGUUGCGGAGGAAGCCCCGCCAGAACAGCAGGAGUUGCAGCCCCAACAGUUAGAACAGCAGCCACAGCAGGAGCAGCUGCAACAGCCGCAACCACAAAACCAGGUGCCAGCACAUCAGCCGGAGUCGCAGCAGCAGCAGCAGCAAGAUGGGCCAGAGCAGCUGCCUCGACCACAGCCGAAACUGCAGGAAAACCCCCAGGCUGGGCAGCAGGAGCCACUGCGACUGCAGCUGCAGCAGCUGCAACAGUCCCAGGAGCAGCACGUGCAAGAGCAACAGUUGUCAGAGCCACAAUGGGAACAGUUACCGCAGCAGCAGCAGCAAGAUGGGCAACGGGAGCUCCCUCGACAGCAGCAAGAACGACGGGAAGAUCCCCAGUCUGCGCAACAGGAGCCGCGGGAACCACAGCCGCAGCUGCUGCAACAGCAGGAACAGUCCCAGGAGCAGCACGUGCAAGAACAGCAACUGUCACAGCACCAGCCGGAGCAGUUACAAUCACAGCAGCUGCCACAACAGCAGCAGCAGUUGCAGCAGCAGAAAGAGCGGUCACAGCAGGAAGCGUCGCAGGUGCAGCAGCAGGAAGAGUCACAGCCACAGCGGGAACAGUUACAGCUGCAGCAGCAACAGUUACAGCAGCAGCAGCAGCUGCAGCAGCAACAGUUACAGGUGCAGCAGCAGGAGCAGCUGCAGCAGCUGCAGCAGCAACAGUUGCUGCAGCAGCGGCUGUUGCAGCAGCAGCAAGAACAGUUACAGCAACAGCUGUUGCUGCAGCAGCAAGAACAGUUGCAGCUGUUGCAGCAGCAGCAAGAACAGUUACAGCAGCAGCUGUUACAGCAGCAACAGUUACAGCAGCAGCAGCUGCUGCAGCAGCAGCAGCAAGAACAGUUGCAACAGCAGCAGCUGCAGCCGCAGCCACUGGAGCCAGAGGAGGAGGAGGAAGAGGUGGAGCUGGAGCUCAUGCCGGUGGACCUGGGGUCGGAGCAGGAGCUGGAGCAGCAGCGGCAGGAGCUGGAGCGACAGCAGGAGCUGGAGCGACAGCAGGAACAGCGGCAGCUGCAGCUCAAACUGCAGGAGCAGCUGCAGCAGCUGGAGAAGCAGCUGGAGCAGCAGCAGCAGCUGGAGGGGCAGCAGGAGGUGCAGCUGGAGCUGACGCCCGUGGAGCUGGGGGCCCAGCCGCCGGAGGUGCAGCUGGAGCUGACCCCCGUGCCGCCGGAGCUGCAGCUGGAGCUGGUGCCCGCCGCGGGGGGCGGCGCGGCCGCGGGGCCGGGGACGCCCGCCGCGGUCGUGGUGGCCCCGCCGGGCUACGUGGUGCUGCAGGAGCUCAUGGUGCUGCCGGCGGCCGUGUCGGCGCCCUCGGUGGUGGCCAUCCCGGGCCCGGCGGGCAGCGCGGCCCUGACGCCGGCCCGGCAGCGGCGGCGGCGGCGCGCCCGGGACCGGCCGACCAUCUGCGGGGAGUGCGGCAAGGGCUUCAGCCGCAGCACGGACCUGGUGCGGCACCAGGCCACGCACACGGGCGAGCGGCCCCACCGCUGCGGCGAGUGCGGCAAGAGCUUCUCGCAGCACUCGAACCUGGUGACGCACCAGCGCAUCCACACGGGCGAGAAGCCCUACGCGUGCCCGUACUGCGCCAAGCGCUUCAGCGAGAGCUCGGCGCUCGUGCAGCACCAGCGCACGCACACGGGCGAGCGGCCCUACGCCUGCGGCGACUGCGGCAAGCGCUUCAGCGUCUCGUCCAACCUGCUGCGCCACCGCCGCACGCACUCGGGCGAGCGGCCCUACGUGUGCGAGGACUGCGGCGAGCGCUUCCGCCACAAGGUGCAGAUCCGCCGCCACGAGCGCCAGCUGCACGGCGCCGGCCGCUCCCGGGGCCUGGGCCUGCUCCGCGGCGCGCGCGCGGCCUCCGGCGGGGCCCCGCGCGCCGAGCCCGCGGCCGACAAGGCGCCGUGACCCGGGGCGGGGGCCGAGGUCCGCGAGGGCGCCGCUCCCCCUCCCCGCGCCCGGGAAUCACCGCGCCCGCUGGGACGUCUUGACCCGGUUCCGCGGUCUCCGGACAUCCCGGGUAUCGCUGCGAACAGGCGGCCAUCCUUCUCCCGGGUCGGCCGGGUGGUCGGACGGAUUCACCCUCGGAAACACUCCGCCGGAGAAAGUCGACGAGGCUAAACCAGCACGGACGUUGCGCGUCAGUACGAACAGCACGGGGUUCAGAUGCGUCAUCGGGUACCCAUGGGUGAGAAGUCCGCCCGGGUUUCUCCCCGGGAAAAUUGGACUUACUGGAAAUGAGAGCCGCAGGGCAUAAAUUCCAAUGACAAGACGAGAGAGUGGGUGACAUUCGACAGAGCUCGAACGCCGACCAGGGAAUCCGAUAUACGUGGUAAAACGCACACGAAGAGGAUUUGGUCCUGGUGAAAAUCAUUUCAUGGGAAGAAAAAGGAAAUUUGUCUGCACUACGUAGAAAACUGAUCAAGGCAUUAAAUUGUCCUCAAUGGCAUUUGCCUUAAAAAUAGUUCCUAGAAUGAGAAUUCAUCAGGAUGGAUAAAGUCCUGAUUAAAAUGUGUGUGUUCAUAAACACAGGGUCCGAGUGUCCGCUGGGUCAAUGUGCAAAUGCCAGGAAGUCCACUCUGGGCGAAGGUGAAACCUUCCCUCCGGGGCCACCCAGGCAAGCCUCAGGCCGGCUCUAGGCCUCUCUACUGCGGCCUUUCCUUGCCCACAGCCGCUCCCUAAUGUCCUUUUGAGUAGAAGCCUGGGGCUGAAGCAGAGCGCAUUGUGGGAGUGCUGUCCAAGGUCCUAAGCGGUGGUCCCUCCAUCCCUCCCAAAGAGCUCCGGGUAGCCCCACACUGGUCCCCCUUCUCAGAUGCCUGUUCAGGGACUGAGACUAUGUCUGGGCCUUGAGAUGCAGGGGCAUGUUCUCCUGGGCCAGGCUAUGCAGAGGGUUGGGCCGAGAAUGUCGGGGACCAGGAUUAGAGGCAACAGAAAUGCUCUUUACGACAGUUUUGUAAACCUCUGGGGGUCAGUUGGGGCAACAGCAGUCGUGAUGCCUUGUGGGAAGGCAGGAUGAUGGGGGCCACCUGCCACCUCUGGCCCCCAAGCCCUUCCUGACCCCGACUCCCCCGAGUGGCUCCUCAGAUGCCGCCCCGCUCUGCUUCCUGCUUCUCCUUUACUAACACAGCCUGCUGCGUUUUACAAAUGUGUUGGUAAGUGAGAAACAAACAAUGAAAAAUAAAUAAAAA